UGACUAGGGGGUUAAGGUGACCUCCACAACCCCAGAAUUUUGUCUUUCGAUGACGCGGCCAUGUGGCAAUGACGGUGAUAGCUGUGGGCCUUUCCCCAACGUGGCCUCUCUGGCUGCCGCCUAUGUGGCCUUCAGUUCGGUGCUCACGGUGCCGGUGCUGUUUCCUCUGGUGGGCUUCAUGGUCCUCGAGUUCGGCGUCGCGGAGCGGAAAGAAGACGCGGGAUACAUGGCAGGCUUCCUGGCCUCCUGCUUCAUGAUCGGCCGCACCCUGAGCGCUGCGCCGUGCGGCCUGGUGGCAGAUCGCCACGGGGUGGUGCGGGUGCUGCUCUUUUGCACGUUGGCCUCAUCCCUCGGCACCAUCCUCGUGGGCUUGGUCGAAACCUACUGGGCGGCAGUGGCUUUGCGCAUCGCCACCGGCCUUGCAAAUCCCAUCGUGGCGCUUUUGAAAGGCCUUAUGCCCAACCUGGUGCCUCACCACCAGCAACACCGGGCCAUGAGCAUGCUCACGGCUCAGUGGCAGUUCGGCCUCAUAGUCGGACCGGCGCUCAGCGGGUACUUGGCUUACCCUUGUGGCCAUGAACAUCCACUUGGGCAAGAGGAAAGGGGCCUGAUGUGCACGAGACCUUUCCUUCUGCCAACGCUUUUCUGCGGUUUGCUUCAGCUCUCCGGCAUAUUGCCGCUGCUCUCCAUCCUGCGCCCUGCUGCGCGCAAGGCUUUGCCUCAGAGCCCAAGAGCGAAGCCGCCGGUGGCGGUGCUCGGGAAAGCCAUGCCCUCGCGAGAUAGAAAGCGCUACGACCGACUGGAGGAGCCUGAGGUCGAGGACACAUGCGAUGCAAAGGCUGCUGCAGAUUCAGAACCGGCGUCACCAAGCCCGACUGACACAGUGCCAGAUCGUGAAGAUGUACUGGCAGCUAAUGAAGAACCUGAUGGGUGUGGGUGGAACCUUGUUCGACUGCCAAACUGUGCGCUACUACUGUUCUUGUACUGCUUUGUAUCCAUGAUGCAAUCAACCUUGCAAGAGCUUGCCUCACUGUUAGUCAUGACGCCCGAUCAUGCUGGUGGCUUAGGUGGCUCCACUUCAGAUAUCGGUGCCGUGUUCACAGCCGUUGGCGGAUCAGGUCUCCUAUUUCAGCUGACGUUGGGCCCAGCUCUCGUGGAGAGAAUGGGUUUGGUUCGCUCAUUUCAAGCCGGCAUGUACUUGUCAGGUGUAUUCGCUUUACUGAUGCCCAUGGUGCCGUUUGCGAUGCAAGCCCAAGGGCUGUCUAUGUCCUGGCAGAAGGGAGGCCUUACGGCUGUGAUGAUUUGUCGUGGUUUCUCGGAUUAUCUGACGUUCACUGGGGUGUUUGUGUUGAUCAACAACUGCGUCCCGACCUAUGGCCGUUGCAGAAUCAACGGUCUUGCAAUGAGCCUGGCGUCAACCUUCAAAGCGCUUGGUCCCGCAGUGGGUACAGUUGUCUUUGCAUGGUCCAUCAAUUCAGCCAAGACUCCUGACAGUGUGUUGAAUGGGCUGCUUGCCUCGAUCUUCAGCCCGGAAGUCGCCUUGAGGGCUGGUGCGCCCUUGGUUUUCAUUCUGGUGAGCUUGGGAACUCUGGCUGGCGCAUUUUUCGGCGCUCGCGCAGUGCCCGUAUGGGCUGCGGAGCCCUACGACUUGCAGGCGACGAGCAGGCCCGAUGCCUUGCCAAGAUGACAAAGAGGGCCCCAGAAGAGAAUGGAUGUGCCUUUUUCCAGCGCAAGUUUUCGGCGAGCAUCCGACGGCAUCUCACCUAAGUGGGUCCAGCGGACGGAAUUCUGUAGAGUGUACAGUUUGCCGCGAGCCGUGCAGGUACGGUUUCACUGCCACAAAACUGCUGCGUUGCGCAGCAUAGCCUUUGCUUGAUUUGCCAAAGCGUGUGCUUGGCGUAAGUCGUGCGAGACUUAUUGUCCGGAUGCAGGUUCUUGAAGGGUUGCGCAGGACACUCUAACACUGUAGUUCUGCUGUC